CGAGGAGCCCCUUGCUGAAGGCUGAUCGCGGAGCGGCGGUCGGCGCGCGCGCGCGCGCCCAAGAGGCGGCUGUUGGAGAAGUAGAGUGGCGGCCGCGGGGGGAGGAGGAGGAGGGACUGAGCGGCGGCGGCCCCCGCGUCCCGGUGCCUCUAUGGGGGAAGCAGACAAUGGAUUAUGAUUUCAAGGCGAAGCUGGCGGCGGAGCGGGAGCGGGUGGAGGAUUUGUUUGAGUACGAAGGGUGCAAAGUGGGACGCGGCACCUACGGGCACGUCUACAAGGCGAGGCGAAAAGAUGGAAAAGAUGAAAAGGAAUAUGCAUUGAAGCAAAUUGAAGGCACAGGAAUAUCCAUGUCAGCUUGUAGAGAGAUUGCACUUUUGCGAGAAUUGAAGCACCCAAACGUGAUUGCGCUGCAGAAGGUGUUCCUUUCUCACAGUGACCGGAAGGUGUGGCUGCUGUUUGAUUAUGCAGAGCAUGAUUUGUGGCAUAUUAUUAAGUUUCACCGUGCGUCAAAAGCAAAUAAAAAGCCCAUGCAGUUGCCAAGAUCCAUGGUUAAAUCAUUGCUUUACCAGAUUCUCGAUGGUAUCCAUUACCUCCAUGCAAAUUGGGUGCUUCACAGAGACCUGAAACCAGCAAAUAUCCUAGUAAUGGGAGAAGGUCCUGAGAGGGGGAGAGUCAAAAUAGCUGACAUGGGUUUUGCCAGAUUAUUCAAUUCUCCUCUAAAGCCAUUAGCAGAUUUGGAUCCAGUAGUGGUGACGUUUUGGUAUCGGGCUCCGGAACUUCUGCUGGGUGCGAGGCAUUAUACAAAAGCCAUUGAUAUAUGGGCAAUAGGUUGCAUAUUUGCUGAAUUGUUAACUUCAGAACCUAUUUUUCACUGUCGUCAGGAAGAUAUAAAAACAAGCAAUCCCUUUCAUCACGAUCAGCUAGAUCGGAUAUUUAGUGUCAUGGGAUUUCCUGCAGAUAAAGAUUGGGAAGAUAUUAGAAAGAUGCCAGAAUACCCCACACUCCAAAAAGACUUUAGAAGAACAACGUAUGCCAACAGUAGCCUCAUAAAGUACAUGGAGAAGCAUAAAGUCAAGCCUGACAGCAAAGUAUUCCUCUUGCUUCAGAAACUCCUUACUAUGGAUCCAACCAAGAGAAUUACCUCCGAGCAGGCUCUGCAGGACCCCUAUUUUCAGGAGGACCCCCUGCCGACAUUGGAUGUAUUUGCUGGCUGCCAGAUUCCGUACCCCAAACGAGAAUUCCUUAAUGAAGAUGAACCGGAAGAGAAAGGCGACAAGAAUCAGCCACAGCAGCAGAACCAGCAUCAGCAGCCCACCGGCCCACCGCAGCAGGCAGCAGCCCCUCCGCAGGCACCAGCACAGCAGCAGAACAGCACCCAGACCAACGGGACUGCGGGGGGCACCGGGGCUGGGGCUGGGGGCGCCGGAGCAGGGCUGCAGCACAGCCAGGACGCCGGCCUCAACCAGGUGCCUCCCAACAAGAAACCGCGGCUCGGGCCUUCCGGGGCAAGCUCAGGCGGGCCUGUUAUGCCGCCAGAUUAUCAGCACUCCACUUCACGCCUGAAUUACCAAAGCAGCGUUCAGGGAUCUUCUCAGUCCCAGAACACACUAGGCUACUCCUCCUCGGCUCAGCAGAGCACCCAGUACCACCCAUCUCACCAGGCACACCGGUACUGAGCAGCGCAGCCCCGCUCCACUCGGCUGGACCAGCCGCGGAGCACACAGGCUCAGCAAUACAGUGUCUGCGUUGAAAAGAACCAAAAACGUCAACUAUGAUGCCAGUUUAAAACUCAUUUAGGAGGGGAACUUUCUAUACUGAGCAUUUUGCAGGUCUUACACCUCUUCUUUAUGACUUGAAGAAGAUUCUCGUGAAGUUUCCCGACACCCUUCCGCUGCAUGUGUUCCAUUGUGAUCUCUGAUAAAGCAUCUGAUCUAAUCCCAGCACUUAACUUCUGUAACCUUCAGCAUUUUUUUGAAGGAUUUCCUGGUGCACCUUUCUCAUGCUGUAGCAAUCAGUAUGAUUGAUCUUUUCGAAGCUCUUUUAAUAGGGUUUUAAUGUUUUAGGAACAGGACUCAAGUGGUGUAUAGUUUUAUACUACAUGAACUGUUUUAGCAACACAGGUGAAAAUGCACCUUUGAAAGCACUGCGUUAUUUUCACAGGAUAUAACUGUUUUGCUCAUGGAAGUCUUAAACUGUUACUGUCCCAAAGUACUUUAGUAUUGUAUUUUUAUUUCUCUAGUUUCAGGGAAGAGCUAAUAAAAAGACAAGAGGUAGGAUAGGAGGGAACCUCCAACCAAAAACAGCCUAGAUCUUUGCGGUUACUAUGCUUGAUGCCAUGAAGAACUGAAGUCUGUUGUAAUUUUUAUAUAAUCACUCAUAUGGAACUUAGUUCCAAGAAUCAUCAUCUUAUUCUGAAAUGUAUUCAGUAAUUAAGAGAUAUAAUUUUUAACCUUCAUAUAGCUGAGUCUACCUUAAAAAAGGUUUCAAGAGCUUUGAUGAAGUACAGUCUUCUGGUGACCUUCACCACCAGAAAACUGCAAGAGAAUAUUAACUGCACUAGGAUAUCUUUAAGAAGGAGUAAUGUUGGUUAAAGGAUGUAUUACUUCCCUUUGAAGGAAAAGCUUUUCGUGUGUAUUGUACAUAAAGUUGGCUUCUCUAAAGAACUGUCGGUUUCUUCACCUCUGGGUCAGCUUGAGUAACUUUAUUAAAUAAUCAAGAGUACUCAAAUAGAAGCCUGCAAAUUAAUCUGCUUUUAAGAGAGGGGUAGUGUUAUCCAUUCAUUUUUGCAUUAGACAUAGAGUGACUAUUUUUAAAGCAUGCUAAAAAAGUUAGGUUUUAUCCAUGUUUAAAGUUUGUAUUAUGUAUGCAUAAGUUUGCUGUUGUUACUGAAACUAAAUUCUAUCAAGAAUCUUUUCAUUGCACUGAAUGCUUUCUUUUGCCCCUAGGAGAAAAAUUAAUAAUUGUGCCUAAAAACUAUGGGCAGGUAGUAUAAGAUUAUACUAGAUAAGGUGAAUAUUUGCAUAUCCAUUAUCUAUGAAUUAGAGGCUGAGUUAGUUCUUAGCCAGUUUAGGGAGCCUUUCUCCCCAGAGUCAGAAAGUGAUGUAAAGAUUUAGAGCUCCCAUUGUAAUGUAACAGCCAAGAAAUUUGUGUUCCUCUGAAUGCUACGAGCACCACCAGCCUUGUUUUAAACGUUUUUUUUUUUUUUUUCCUUGAACUUAGAAGAAAUAGCUGAUGUUGUAUAUGCAAAUUAUAUGCAUCUUU